AUGUCGACCUCGCGUCCGUCGCGAUAUCAGUAUCCCCCCGCGGUACACGCCGCGACAAACCAGUACCUCGGGAUGUCGCUCGCCAACCAACCACUCCUCGUCAUCUCCCGGCCGUUUCCUCAACAACCCAUGCCCGCCCUCCCGCGCUCCGCGCGGUACCCGCAACAAGAGCCUCGUCAACGCGCGCACAUUCCCGCCGCGCGCGAGCGCAGAUACUCGCAGACCCACCACACCCAGCAACGCUCGCGGACGCAGGAGCAGGACCCAAGGAAGCGCCACGGCGUGAUCUUCACCGGGGACCCACUCCGAGCGAUGCUCGCCGACGACGACGUGGAUGACGAAGAGAGCACCUGGUCGAUGUCGCGCUCGCGCCUCUCAGCUCGGAUGCACCCCAGUCGUCGCCGCCCUCCGAACGCGCGGAAUAGGAACGGCAGCCCCGCGCAAGAGAUCGCCGCGCGGUACCGCGCGUCGCGCUCCGGCGACGAAUGGGGCACAGGGCGCGGGGAGUCGUCAACGUCGGCGCACAGCGUGAGUUACGUCGACGGGUGGACGCGACCGCGGACAAUGUCGGGCUUGAGCGAUGUGUCGGGGCCUCGCCUGCGCCAUCGGGACUCUCGGGUGCAUGCGAUGGAUCGAGCGAAGAAGGAAGCGUUCCUCAUGGCAAUCCAGGCGGGAGGGUACUACAACGUUCCCUGCCGACGGGCAGGGUGCCGCCAGAUUCUGGCCACAAUCAGCGACCUCGCAUCCCACCUCGUCCUUCACGACAUCGAUCCCCGCGCGACCGAUUCCAGUCAUCCGUGGACGCCAGUCGCUGACGCGCGCGCCAGCUUCCCCGCCGACUCGGGCUACUCCUCCUUCAUCGACAUGGGCCACUCCGUCAGUGGCCCCCGCUUCCGUCGUCGCCGUCGCUACUCCCGCUCUCCCGCCCCAAACCCGUACGAGCGCCCGCUCCCCACGCUCCCGGGCCGGCGCAGAAGCAAGCUUCGCCACUACCUCGCCAAGCUCACCCUCCCCUGCACCGUCGCCGAGGGCUACGACGAGGACGAUUUCUUCUACUGA